AUGUCUUAUUCAAAGAGUAUUUCGAGUUUGAACACAGAAGAACGUGAAAACUACCAACAUAACCUGACGGUGGGUGGUAACACUGCUUUCCAUAACUUCGUUAAUGAUUUCGCUCAUAUCGAAGAUCCAUUGGAAAGAAGAAGAUUAGCUUUGCAAAAAAUUGAUGAAGCUAGCUUCGGUUGGUACCAUGUAAAAGCUAUUUUAGUUGCUGGUGUAGGUUUCAUGACUGAUGCUUAUGAUAUCUUCGCUAUCAAUUUGGGUAUCACUAUGUUAUCUUACGUCUACUGGCAAGGUAAUAUGCCUUCUUCUACUCAAACUUUAUUAAAAGUUUCAACCUCAGUGGGUACUGUCAUUGGUCAAGUAGGUUUUGGUAUCAUUGCUGAUAUCGUUGGUCGUAAAAAAAUUUAUGGUUUGGAAUUAAUUAUUGUCAUUACGGCUACUAUUUUACAAUGUACCACUGGUCAUUCCCCAGCUGUUAAUUUCCCAGCUAUUUUGACUUUUUACCGUAUCGUUAUGGGUAUCGGUAUCGGUGGUGAUUAUCCUCUAUCUUCAAUUAUCACUGCUGAAUUUGCUACUACUAAAUGGAGAGGUGCUAUUAUGGGUGCUGUUUUUGCUAACCAAGGUUGGGGUCAAGUCGCUGGUGGUAUUAUUUCAAUCAUUUUAAUCGCUGCUUAUAAAUCUGAAUUGAUUGAUGCCAAUACUGGUGCUGAAUGUGGCCCUGCUUGUAUGAAAGCUUGUGAUCAGAUGUGGAGAAUCCUAGUUGGUUUCGGUGCUGUCCCAGGUUUAAUUGCUUUGUAUUUCAGAUUGACUAUUCCAGAAUCUCCACGUUAUUCUUUGGAUGUUAACUUACAAAAAGAUAUUGAAAUGUACCACAAUUUAGAUUCAAGAAACUCUGGUAGUGAUGAAACUGAUGAAAAGGAGGGAGCUAGAAUCACUGAACUAGAACAACAAUCUACCCAAUUAGAAGCAAUGCCAAAGGCUUCUUUCAAAGAUUUCUGUAAUCAUUUCUCAAAAUGGAGACACUUUAAGAUUCUAUUGGGUACUGCAGGUACUUGGUUCAUGUUAGAUGUCGCUUUCUAUGGUUUAUCUUUAAACAAUGCAGUUAUUUUACAAGCUAUUGGUUAUGCAGGUUCUAAUAACGUUUACCACAAAUUAUAUAAUUCUGCUGUUGGUAACUUGAUUUUAAUCUGUGCUGGUGCAUUACCAGGUUAUUGGGUAGCGGUUUUCACAUUGGAUACAGUGGGUAGAAAACCAAUUCAAAUCUUCGGUUUCUUUGUUUUGACUGUAUUGUUCUGUGCCAUUGGUUUUGCAUAUUACAGAUUAACACCAAGUUCGUUAUUGGGUUUGUACAUUGUUUGUCAAUUUUUCCAAAAUUUUGGUCCAAAUACAACCACAUUCAUUAUUCCUGGUGAAAUUUAUCCAACAAGAUAUAGAUCAACAGCUCAUGGUAUUUCAGCCGCUUGUGGUAAAGUCGGUGCCAUUAUCGCUCAAACUGUUUUAGGUACUUUGAUUAAUCACAACUGUGCAAGAGAUGGUAGAGAACCAAACUGUUGGUUAAAUCAUGUUAUGGAGAUUUUUGCUUUGUUCAUGUUACUUGGUCUAAUCUUGAGUUUCUUAAUUCCAGAGACUAAGAGAAUGACAUUAGAAGAAAUUAGUGAAAAGUAUCAUGGAGAAAGUAAUUAUUCUAAGUAUGAGAGUACUAAAUGA